CUACGAUCAGAGAGUUUAUAUGUUUGUUUGAUUUGUUGAACGAUGGCAGACGCAUGUGGAGAACUCUCUCUGCCUCACCGGUCACAUGUCCUUUGAGCACGUCGCGCGUCUGUGGCGCAUCUUUGUAGAGACCUCUGGCAGCAGCAGACUGAGCGAAACAGAUCGGAUCGAGCACACCUGAGGAAUGGAAAACACAACCAGAGGUCUGACCAACCAGUUCGUGCAGCCUCCGUGGCGCGUCGCGCUGUGGUCGGUGGCUUACAGCACAGUACUGGCCGUGGCGGUCUUCGGGAACCUGAUAGUGAUUUGGAUUAUUCUGGCGCACAAGCGGAUGAGGACUGUCACCAACUAUUUCCUGCUGAACUUGGCUUUCUCUGACGUUUCCAUGGCCGCUUUCAACACGCUCAUCAACUUCAUCUACGCGGCUCACGGAGAGUGGUACUUCGGCCAGGUGUACUGCAGGUUCCACAACUUCUUUCCAGUCACCGCCGUGUUUGCCAGCAUCUACUCCAUGACCGCGAUCGCCAUCGACAGGUACAUGGCGAUCAUCCACCCUAUGAAGCCUCGUCUGCCUGCUAAAGCCACUCUGGGGGUCAUUGUCUGUAUCUGGAGCUUGGCUGUGGUUCUGGCCUUCCCGCUCUGCUACUUUUCCACCAUCCGAACUCUGCCCCAAAGGACCGUCUGCUACGUGGCCUGGCCCCGCAUGGCCGAAGACUCCUUCAUGUAUCAUAUCAUAGUUACAGUUCUGGUCUACAUACUGCCCUUAGUGGUGAUGGGCAUCACCUAUACCAUUGUGGGGGUGACACUAUGGGGAGGUGAGAUCCCUGGAGAUUCAUCUGAUAACUACCAAGGACAGCUACAGGCCAAAAGGAAGGUGGUGAAGAUGAUGAUUAUUGUAGUGGUUACCUUCGCCCUCUGCUGGCUGCCGUAUCAUGUCUACUUCAUCGCGACGGGUCUCAACAAGCGUCUGAGCAAGUGGAAGUACAUCCAGCAGGUUUACCUGUCAGUGCUGUGGCUUGCAAUGAGCUCCACCAUGUACAAUCCCAUCAUCUACUGCUGCCUCAAUAGCAGGUUUCGAGCUGGUUUCAAGCAGGUUUUCCGCUGGUGUCCUUUUGUCCGGGUGUCGAGCUACGAUGAGCUGGAGCUCCAAAGCACAAGACUUCGACCGUGUCACCAGAGCAGCGUGUGCACCAGCAUCCUGAGCAAAGACAAGAGCACUCGUGGAAACAGGUCAAAACCCAACUCUGAGCUGAAUAAUAAAGAUAGUUAGGGUAUUUUUGAUCCAAUGAGCGCACUCCAGCUAAACGUGAAUUAUUUAUUUGUGGAUUAUUUAUUUCAUUUACAUUAUUUUGAACUGAUUGCUUCAUUUUUUUUUCCUGUGGAU